CGAAGAAUGAGAUAACCUAACCUAACCACAUUUUUUGUUGUCAGCAUUGGCGAGCGAAACGUGAUAUCAAAUAUUAUUACUAUUUUGCGAAUUUCUGUUUAUCAUGGAACUUGAUAAUUCUAUAUUAAUGCAAAAGCAGGUGCGGGAUAAUUCGGAGGAUUUGCAGAGAGAAUUUCUGGACUUGACGAAUUGGGAGGAACAAAUGAAACGGAAGGAGCAAGAGAUACUAAGUGAACUUAAUGGACAGGAAAUUAUUCCACCUGUCCGAAGUAAGAAUAAGAAAAAAUGUGUAGUAAAAGAAAAUAAAACGUCUAAAAGUUCUAAACGAAUAAAAUCGUAUGACUACACAUCAUGGGAUAAAUUUGACGUUGAGAAAGCCUGCAAGGUAUUAGACAAUGAAGAAGAGUCCGAUGAGUCUGCAGAAGAAUCCUUGUCCAAGGAAGAAUUAGAGAAGAAUCAUAACAAAGCGAUAGAGUACAAGCAGCAAGGCAAUGAUUUCGUGAAGCAAAAAAAAUGGGACAAAGCAAUUGCUUCGUACAGCGAGGCAAUAAAAAUUUUUCCUUAUGACCCUAUAUUUUAUGCUAAUCGUGCGCUUUGUUAUUUAAAGCAAGACAACUUAUAUUCAGCAGAAGCAGACUGCUCAUCUGCAAUACAAUUGGAUGAAACUUAUGUAAAGGCUUAUCACAGACGAGUGACAGCUAGACUAGGAUUAAAGCAGUACAAAGAGGCAAUGGAAGAUGUAAAGAAAAUUGCAGAUUUGGAACCAUGCACGAAAGAAACCGAAAUUUUGCUUAAUCAAGUUAAAAAGCAGUUUGGAAAUUCAUUUAUGUCUGAAAAAGACAUAUGUACAACUGUAUCUGAUAGUGAAAAAAUGAAUCAAAAUAUAAUUGACAAAGAGGAUAAAAAUAAUAAAGAUAAAAAAGAAGAUAAUAAAGAGCAUGAAAAUGAUAAGGAUAAAAAUAAUAAAAAGAAAGAUAAAGAUAAUAAAGAGGAUAAAGAUAAAAAGCAGGAGAAAAAUAAUGAAAACUCAACUCUUUAUAACGAUAAUCUUGUAGAACCAAUAGCCACAAGUGUAAUAGAAUCAAAAAAGGAUCAAUGCAUUCCAGAUUGGCUACCAGAAAAAGAUAAUGUUGAAAUUGUACAACCUAUUGACAAACCUCCCCACCUGCGUUCAAAGGAACCAUUAAAGAGGAUACCUGUACAACAGGCAGAUUUAACUAAACCUCUUAAAAAGGAGAUGAUAGCAACAUCUAGUAAACUUCAACAGGUAGAAUUAUCAGAUAUACAUUCAGAUAAUCUUACCAAAAAAGAGGGAAACACUGCAAUAUGUAAAUUGGAAGAAAACUUCAGUUGCAUAGAAAUACCUUGUGUCCCGACAAAUGCAGUGCAGUUUCUAGUAAAUUGGAAGAAAUAUCCUUCGUUUGAUUUUCGAUACAGAUAUUUAAAACAAAUACCAUCAAGUAGCCUGCCAAAAAUAUUUCAAGAUUCAAUGGAAAGUAAUAUUUUUAGUGAGAUCUUAACAACACUGAAGACAGAAUUUAUGAGACGGAAUGAACCUAUAUUUUCCUAUUUAAAAGAUCUUAGGAAUGUUAAGAGGUUUAGAGCAUUUAUUAUGUUCAUCAAUAACUCAGAAAAGGAAGAUCUGAAGCUUAUGUUCUCAUAUUGUAAUAAAUUUGAAAAGAUAUCUGAGAAAGAAAUUGUAAAUUUACAGAAUGCAUAUGAAAUUUAACAAGUAAAAUUUUUAUAAGAAAACAUUACUUAAUGUAAGGUAAGCUUAAAUAUUAUAACAAACAAAAAUAAUUUUUGUCAAGUAAAUAAAAUCUUUUUUUUUGUUUAA